CAGUUAUCUAGCAUAACACAAGAUUGUUGCAAACUUCAUGCUAUAGCUCUACGAACAUAAUUUGAUCAUAAUUUAUUUGGAAUUUUUUUUUGGUAAUAACACAAAAAUUAUUUUUGAUUUAAGUUAUAUUUUUUACUCUGAAACACCAAAAUGAAAAUUGAUACAAUUCUCAAUCCCGAAAAAUAUGGAGCGGGUCUCAAGGGCAUUUUUCGACAAGCUUUGCAUGAAAUGCCAUUGAUUACAAUAUGUACUCCAUUCUGCAUUGUCGGCUUAGGGCUGAUUACGUAUCAUACUUAUAGAUACGAAAAAAAUGAUGGAAACAAUAAAAAAUAUAAAUUAAAAUAUACCCUUUACCGACCAGAUGAUCCCAGAGUUCCACACAUCAAAAAUUGAAAAUUAAAAAUUGGAAUUACUAAGAUUGUACGCUGUUGAAAUAAUAGACGUUAGAAAUAAUUACAAAUAAAAUAAAAACAAAACCUUCUAAUAUUUAUGAAAAAAAAACUAUGUAUAGUUAUAAAUACAAUGCAUAUUAAUUAUUAA